GUGUUGAGUGACAACGUGCCCGUGGAGGUCGACGCGAUCGAGGCGCUCGUGGGUGCCGCCCUCGAGGGCGUUGGCGCACGCGGGGCCGCCGCAGCGGGGGGCGGCGGCAGCGCCGAGUCUGCCGGCGAGCGCGCGCGGGCGGAGGCCGCGGCAGUGGCGGCGUCGCAGGGGCAGCAGCCGGCUUUUGCGGCGGCGGCGUGA